CUUCGGCAGCUGCGGUGCCGGGAGCGGGUGAAAGAUGGCGGAGGGUGGCGGCGGCAGCCAGGCCGGCGAGGAGGGGCCGAGGGCAGUGAGGCCGCGGCCCCCGAGCGCGCGGGACUUGCAGUUGGCCUUGGCAGAAUUAUAUGAAGAUGAAAUGAAAUGCAAAGCUUCCAAAUCUGAUAGACCUCAUGCUACAGCCUUUAAAAGCCCACGAACACCACCUCAAAGGAGCCGUGUGGUUUCAGGUUUUCCCACUAUUGGUGCUAUGUUCACUUGGUCAAGGUGCUGGCCACCACCCCACUCCAUCAGAAGGUUCUAUUCAAGUGAACAUGAAUGCAGUGGAUUACAUAUAGUUCGACCUUCAACUGGGAAAAUUGUGAAUGAACUCUUCAAAGAGGCAAGGGAACAUGGGGCUGUCCCUCUGAAUGAAGCCACAAGAGCUUCAAGUGAUGACAAAUCUAAGUCUUUUACAGGUGGAGGAUACAGAUUGGGUAAUUCCUUUUGUAAGCGGUCUGAAUACAUCUAUGGAGAAAAUCAGUUGCAAGAUGUUCAGAUUUUGCUUAAACUGUGGAGCAAUGGUUUCAGCUUAGACGAUGGAGAAUUGAGACCUUACAGUGACCCAACAAAUGCUCAGUUUCUGGAGUCCGUUAAGAGAGGAGAGAUUCCCCUGGAGCUUCAGCGACUGGUUCACAGAGGCCACGUGAAUCUGGAUAUGGAGGAUCAUCAGGAUGAAGAAUACAGAAAACCUAGAUUGAGGUUCAAGGCUUUUAGUGGAGAAGGACAAAAACUUGGAAGCCUCACACCUGAAAUAGUCAGUACGCCUUCCUCCCCAGAAGAAGAGGAGAAGUCACUACUUAAUGCAGUUGUUCUUAUUGAUGAUUCCGUGCCAACGACCAAAAUUCAGAUCAGGUUAGCAGACGGGAGCCGUUUGAUACAAAGAUUCAAUAGUACACACAGGAUCCUGGAUGUUCGGGACUUUAUUGUACAGUCCCGUCCUGAAUUUGCAACUCUUGACUUUAUUCUUGUGACUUCAUUUCCAAACAAAGAGCUAACAGAUGAAAGCCUGACACUACAAGAAGCAGAUAUUCUUAACACUGUGAUACUCCAGCAACUAAAAUGAUAUUGCUCCUACCCAUGCGGUAGCAUGUAGGAACGAUAAUGUGCCAUAUUAGUGAGGAAAACACUUAGAGCGUAAAAAGUUAUUUUUAUUAUUUAUACAGAUAAAUUUUGGUUUUAUUCUUAUUGUCUUUCCAGCUUUAGUCUAGACAAAUUUGGCCUAGGAAUAGAUCUUGAGAAAUAUGUUUGAGGUUUUAGCUGCAAGGGCUGGCUUCUGUUGAUAGCUUUUAAAUAUUCAGGCAAACCAAUCUGAUACAUGAUCAGAGUUAAUGCAACAACAUUUGUUUGCAGAGAAAAUGAACAAAACCCCAUUUUGAUAAAUGCAUUUGGUAAAAUCUGCACUAAAGUUUCUUGAUGCUGCAUUGAUCAACAGCCAUUAAGAAAUCUUCUGAUCAAAUACUUAGAAAAUUUUUCUGUAAUGUGUACUGAAAAGUAUCUGUAUCUGAUUUUUUUUUUUUUUUUUUUCUUUUUGCGGUAUGCGGGCCUCUCACUGUUGUGGCCUCUCCCGUUGCGGAGCACAGGCUCCGGACGCGCAGGCCCAGGUCCUGUCACCCCUCCUGGUUAGUCUUUUAUUGUAGUCUUUUAUUGCUGCUGUAACAAAUUACGACAAAUUGAGUGGCUUAAAAUAGCCUAGGUUUCGUCUAUAGGUGAGAUGUCUCACGUGGGUCUCACUGGGCUUAAGUCAGGUGUCAACAGGGCAGCAUUCCUCUGGGGGGGCUCUAGGGGAGACAUGUUUCCUUGCCUUUCCAACUUUGAGAGGCCACUUGCAUUCCUUGGCCUGUGGCCCUUUUCCAUCUUCACAACCAGCAAUGCUGUAUGUCUCUGGCUCCAGUGUCAUCACGUCUCUUUGAGAACAGCCGGGAAAGAGUCUCUGCUUCUAAGGACUCAUGUGAUCAGAUUGGUCUGCCAGAUAAUCCAGGAUGACGUCCCCAUCAUACCUUAAGUGACCUUAACCGAACCCUUGAAAUCCCUUUUGUCAUGUACGGUGACACAUCACAGGUUCCUUCUGCAGGCACCAGGGUGGUCUCUUCUUUGCCUCAUCCAACUUGUAGAGGCGGAUGGCAUCCCUUCCCUUAUGGCCGUAUCCCUCCACGUCUCUGCCUCUGGCCUUACAUCAUUUACUUCCGACUUUGAUUCUCCUGCUUUCUUCUUACAAGCACCCUAGUGCUUACAUUUGGUUCACACAGAUAAUCCGGGAUAAUCUCCUCAUAUGAAGUAUGAGUGAGCAUCUGGGUGUGCGUCCUGGGAGCCAGUUUCUCUCCAUCUGUGAACCUAGAAACCCAGGUAUCUGCUCCCAAAUAUAAGGGUAAGACAGGCAUGGAAUAAUCGUUACAAACCUUCCUGUUCAAAACAAUAGAAACUGGAAGGGAAGAAGGAGCCCCGGCAGUUCCAAGCGCUUGAGAAGCUCAGCCAGGCACAGUCCAGUAGGUGUCGAGGCCUGCGAUCUUCUGUGGCUCCCAGCAGCAUCCCACAGACCUGUGAGUUUCCCUCAGGGUCUUUCCUUAUACAUGAAGGGUAGCGGGUGUCUGCAGCUGAGUCGUUUUGUCAGCUUGUUUCUUGCCUGUGGAAUCGUGGGAGGUUCAGCCAUCUUUUAUCGUUUCAUUCUGUGUCUGUCCCUUUUAGUUUAAGACGGCAGUGUCCGUGGGUCUUCUGUGCCUGUUACAGAAGUUGCUGCAUUAGACCGGAGGCUCCUCCCCAGAGCUUUCCUAGAUAAUCCAGCUCUCUUUUGGGCCUUUUCUGAGAUGGCUGAGGGGCUCUGUGAGUCACACUGUUAAUCUCUUUGAAGAGCCUUUGAUGUGACCUUUUUUUUUUUUUAUCUUUCUCAGGUAUUAGCAAAAAGUUAUAGGCCACAAUCUCAUCUCUUUCCUUAGAGCCGUCUUUCCUGACAGUGAAUCUCUUAAUGUCUUUGCCGUUCUGGUAAACGAAGAAUUUCCAAGUCAUCAAGUCCUGUUUCCUUCUUUUUUUAACAGUCCUUCCCUCCAUUGAACUGCUUCCUCUCACGUUUUACCCUGAUCAGUAGGGAGAAAGCAGGCUGCGCCUUCCCCGCCUCGCUUGGAAGUCUUUUCAGCUCGGUGUCCCGAGUCUCUCCCUCACGCCUCUGGCUGUCCCCUGCCGCCAUGUCGCCGGCAUCUCUUUUCCGUCCGCAUUCCCCCCUGAGCCCUCACUGGCAGCGCCUUUCAGGUCCUUGUCGCUCGUAGGCGUGUCCUCCCAGCAGCCGCGAGCACCCCUGGCCUUCGCGGAGCCCGGGCUGGCUGCCGUCCGCGGGGCUCGAGGCGGCCUCGGCUCUCUCUACCCGCCGCCCAGGCGCAAGGCCACCUCUGCACCUGUAGGUCUUUGUUACAGCAGCGCUCGCUGCAGGGUGUCUGGCAACGCCCACUGUGCCUCCUCGCUGCCACGUGACUGGAAUGUGCCAGGAGGAGCUUUGGGCGUGACCUUUCUCCGGGGCUCCCCUCGCUUCCAGGAGCUGAACUUACCCGUGUGAGGGGCGGAUACCGCGCAAGUGUUGGUCUCGGCACCGCAGAGAAAACUUGUUCUCAGUGUCGUAAUCCAGAGUACGAAGCGUAGUCCUGAGUCUUCUCGGAAUGGGAAUCUCUGUUCCUUUCCGCUAGUUGAAAAUAGUCUGGAGAAUAUGUAAAUGACCGUUCAAGAAGUCAGCCUCUGUUCAGAAGGAUUACCAGGGAUAAACUACAUUUUCAUGGAGCAAAAUCUUAUUCCUGCAGAAAUAAUCUAUUGAAACAAAUUAACAUUUUAAAUAGAAGGGCAUUGCCCUGUUUUGGAUUAACAAAAUGGAGAAAACAAUUAACCAAACCCUGUGAAAUUAUUUGAAACGUUAUUCUUAUAGUUUCUUUUUAGUCAGAUGGAGUGCCUGUAGACGCACAUACAAAAACGACUGCCAUUUUGUAUAUAAUGGUUCCAAAAUAGAUUCACAUCGGGAGGGAGAAUCAAACAUCCAGAUGGAUGAACAGUACUUUCGUGUGUUCUACAAAGUGUUUUGCUUCCUUUAGAGUUUUCCUGAAUUCUUUGUACUGUUGCAGUCGCUGUAACUUUUAAAAUUUAUAAUCCUCUCAGAAGAGAUUGUGUGACGUCAGUUGUUUUGCAUGACGUGUGUAAGGAUGUUUUCACUUACCAAUAAAGAAUGUUUUCACUGAAAGUGAUUGAAAAUCCUUAUCAAAAUUUCCUUUGAUUUGCAGCUUUAUUUGAGUGGCCUAGUGGAGCAUUGUAAGGGUAACACUUCCCGUGGUACGUCUUUUUGAUGGGCAGAAGGAUCUGAGCUGUAGCGAUGUUAUCUGUUUCCCAUUACUGCUUCUGUUUU